AUGGAAGAUAAGUUAAUGGGAAUUAAAUCAAGUGAAGAUGAUUUAAUGGCUUCAACUGGUAGUGUUUUAAGUGGUGCAAUUGGAUCUAUUCCGGUCGUUGGUAGCUUUCUAAGUGGUAUUUUUGGUGCAUUUUGGCCAGGCCCUAAGUAUCUAACUGUUGAAGAUUUUCAAAGAGAAAUUAAAAAAUUAAAAGAACAAAUGAUUGCUCUGAUGGAUCAAAAGAUUGAUGCUGCACUUGAUAAAGUUUUUAAUGCAAUUAUUGACACUGAAGUUUUAGCUUUAAUAAAUUCCGGUAAUAAUUUUUCAGAAGCCGUCAAUUUAUGGGCAGAAAGAAAUGGCCAUAAAGUCUCGAAUGUACCAAAGAAAAAAAGUAAAUUUGCUAUGGAAAUUCAAGAUUUAGGUGAUGAUGCAAUUAAAGAACUAUGCAGAACUCAAUAUCAAAUAUUUACUGGUGAUGCCGAAAGAUGCCUUAUCCUAUUAUCUGAUGAUAGAUUUAAUGAAUACUCAUUAAAUUCCCUUGUUUUUACAAUGGCACAUUAUGUUUCCUCCCAAUUGGAAUGUAUUGCUAAUGGUGUCACAUGGGGUUUUCCAGAGAGUUUUAUUGAAGGUAAUGGAGGAAGUGUUGUUGGUGUAAAGACAAAACUCCAUGAAAAAAUCAACAAAUACCAUAUGGAUUGCGGAAAAGCCUAUCAAAAAGCAUUAAAAAAGGGUAUGCAGCCUUCCAAUAAUGAUGUUGUUGUGAUGAUGAUGACAGCAGGUUUAGUUCACUAUUCAGACAAAAAAAUAUUUGAAUAUCCAGUUAUCAUAGCCAAAAUUCUUUAUCCAGAAAUUCAAUUGAAAACAUUUAAAGAAUCUUAUGUUCCUCACACAUUUUUUUAUCGUAAUAAAUCCACAACUAAGGAUGAUGGUAUGGUAGAUCAUGUUUCAUCUCAAUGGCAAGUUACAACUUUACCUAAUCAAUCUCGUGAUGAACUUUUAUUAUUCACCCUUAAUCUUACUUCCCUCCCAGGUAAAAAAUUUAGUUUAAGACUUCAUCUUGCUGCCUUUAACUCCAAUGAAUAUACUAUCAAUGUAAAACAUAGAUAUGGGACUCUUUCACCAAUCAAAACCAAUUCUUUAACCAAUAACUACCCAACUAUGGAAGUAAUUAGACAAGCCAUAGCUAAUGGAGGCCAAGUUCCAUCUAAUAUAAAGUAUGGAAUUCAUUCAGCAACAUUUGAAAUACCAUCCCCUGUUACAUCAUUAGAAUUAAAGAUAUACAGUACUCAUACCUCAGGCAACCAAUCUGAUUAUCUUCACAUUGAAGAUUAUAAUAUUACACUAUUGGAAUAG